AUGUCUGGCAGGAAGCAAUUACAUCGCAUCCGUCAACUGUGGCUUCAUCGCCCAGUACCACAGCUGGCGAGCAUCAAGCCUAACAAUUGUGCACGCACCCACUCGCCAAAACUCAGCUCGGAGGACGGCGAGAAGAAAUCCGCGGUUGUUGGCACUGAAGCUGCUGAGACGGGUACAGUUUACACUAAGAAGACUUAUAUUCAAAAAUUGGCGCUUUGGACUUCGAGAAAAGGUCUGAAUACGAUGUUCUGUUGCUAUGGCUACUAUGAUGCUGGUCCGGAUUAA